UCCUGCGUCUCUUCCGCCGAGCAAGUUGCUGCACAAAAUGUCCAAGAGACCCCAUGAGGGAAAUGGUGAUGACCAGCCUAAGCCAAGGUACCCACCUUCAGCAUGUUUCAUAGCAAAACUCAAGAAAAUGUUUGAGGCAGAGAAAUUCACCGAUGUAACCUUUGAGGCUUCGGAUGGUACCAAGGUCGCUGCACACCGCAGCGUUAUAGCGCAAUGGUCUCCUGUGCUGGAGGCGCUGUUUGAUACUUCGCUGCUUGAGAAUGAGAAGGGCUCGGUGCUCAAGCUGAAUGACAUGGAUGCUGGGACUCUGAAGCUGCUCGUGUCAUUCAUGUACGGCUGCACCGUGGUGCUGCCUGAAGAGAAUCGCAAGGCACAUGGGUUUUCUCUUCUUCAAGCGGCUCACAAGUACAACGUGCCUGAGUUGGUGCAUGAGAUGGAUCGCCAGCUGUCCGCAUUGCCGGUUGAAGAGGAGACGCUUCUUAAGGACAUGAAAUUCGUUGACACCCUUGGAGCUUUACGAACUAGACAUGCCCCCAUUCGCCAUUUUGUCUACGAAAUGGGUGACGAGGAAAGCAAGAAGCUUAUCAAGGACAUGAUUGAAAGCGAUGACAAGCAUGACCGAACAUUGGCAUCUAGUAUCGUUUCAGCGCUCUGGUCAAGGAGGCGGGGUUCAUAG